AUGCGCUCUCCCGCCUCCCUCUCCGCCUCCCUCUCCGCCGUGCCCAUGUUCGCCGUGCCGCAAAACGCGUACGUGUACGGCGCGCCCGCCCCCCCGGCCAGACAGUACGCCGCCCACGGCACCAGCAGCGCCUUCAGCAGCUCCGCCCUCCCCGACGAGGACUGGACCAAGAUCUCGGACCUCGCCGAGCGCAGGAGGAUACAGAACCGCAUCGCCCAGCGCAACUACCGCAAGAAGCUCAAGCGCCGGCUGGAAGAUCUCGAGCGCCGCGCCGGCUCCUCCGACGACGGCGAGGCGGAGCGCAAGCCGCCGCAGCAGCCGGCCAAGCCGAAGCGCCCGUCCGCCGGUAGCAACAGCAACAGCAACAGCAACAGCAACAGCAACAGCAACAGCAACAGCAACAGCAACAGCAACAGCAACAACAGCAGCAGCAGCAACAACAACAACAGCAGCAGCAGCAGGAGCAGCAGGGCGCCCAAGACGCCGUCGCCCGCGCCCGCGCCCGCGCCCGCGCCCGCGCCCGCGUCGGCGGCCAAGCGAGCCCCCCACGCCGGCCAGUUCACGCCGCCCCUGGACAGCGUCGACGACGUGUACCUGGCCCCCCCCGAGGCGAGGGAGCGCUCCGCCACGCCGCCGCCGUCCCUGUUCUCCUACGCGACGUACGCCUCCGCCGCCCCGGACGAGCUGGCCAUGGACAUGGACCCGUACGCGUCGGCCCAGCCGUACCCGGCGGUGCCGCCCGCCGACGCCUACCCGCACUACCUGGCCGCCGCGACGACCAUGUCGGCCACGCUGCCCGCCAUGACCAUGUUCACCACCGCCGACUGCGGCAAGCCCUGCGACGGCGGCGGCGGCGGCGGCAUCAACCCCUUCCUCAGCUACGGCUUCGUGCCGGGCGUCGACGUCGGCCUGCACGCGCACUACGAGCCGUACGUGCCGCACACGCCCCCUUCGCUCUGCCGCUCCUACAACACGUCGGCGUCGUGCUCAGACACCGGCUGCGAGUACCCGGCCACGCCGCUCUCCAUGCCCGGCUCGCCCGGCAUGGUGUAG